AUGCCUGCCACCACGGCGGACGCCCUCUCCCUCGUUCAGCGCACCGUCACGGUCGCUCCUCUAGUCCUUCUCUCCGUCGCAGAUCACUACGGCCGCUCGGCCAAGGGUACCCGGAAACGUGUGGUUGGUGUGCUGCUGGGUGAGAACUCGGGUCAGAAUGUCCGGGUAUCGAACAGCUUUGCGGUGCCCUUCGAGGAAGAUGAGAAGGAUCCCUCUGUUUGGUUCCUAGAUCACAACUUUGUCGAGUCGAUGAGGGACAUGUUCAAGAAGAUCAAUGCUCGUGAGAAGCUGGUUGGGUGGUAUCACUCGGGCCCGAAGCUGCGGGCCUCGGAUUUGGAAAUCAACGAACUCUUCAAGCGCUACACACCGAACCCUCUGCUGGUGAUUGUGGAUGUCCAACCGAAGGAGGUUGGCGUUCCUACGGAUGCUUACUUUGCCGUGGAUGAGAUCAAGGAUGAUGGCACCACAACAUCAAAGACCUUCGUCCACACCCCGUCUAUAAUCGAAGCCGAGGAAGCAGAGGAAAUUGGAGUGGAGCACCUUCUCCGGGAUAUCAGGGAUGUCGCUGUCGGAACCCUCUCUACCCGCAUAACGUCGCAGCUUCAGUCGCUGCAGGGCCUGCACCUGCGUUUGCGCGACAUCGGCCAAUACCUGCAGAAGGUUCUUGAUCACGAACUCCCCGUCAACCACGCCAUUCUGGGCAAUCUCCAGGACGUCUUCAACCUCCUCCCCAACCUUACCACACCAGCCGCCACGCCGCGCAUCAGUGGCGCCCCCGAACAGCCGUCGGAGAACAGCGAACUCGCACGGGCCAUGAGCAUCAAGACCAACGAUCAAUUAAUGGCGAUCUACUUGAGUAGCUUGAUCCGCGCCAUCACCGCAUUCCACGACUUGAUCGAGAACAAGAUCCAGAACCGGCAGCAACAAGAAGAGAAUGAGCUGAAGAGGGAGCAAGAGGCCAACGCGGCCAAGACUGAGAAGGAGGCCGCGAAGAAGGCCAACAGCACCGCCAAUGGAGAGCAGAAGGAGGGUCAAGACAAGGAGAAGGCCAAGAAGAGCCAGAAGGAGUAG